GCCCUUUCCAUCCAUCCAUGUCAAAGCCAUCUGGAUCUGCAAAAAUGGAAGGAGCGCGCAAGAUAACAUGAUCGCCUUUCGCAACACCAUCAUCGCUGUGGUGGUCAUCUCUCUCUUCACCUUCAUAGCUCUCUUCGGUCGACUGCCAGCUCUCCGCAAGACUCCCAUCGGCUUCAGUCACAGGCUUCUGUGCAUCUACAUUCCCAAUGGCUUUAGACGGGUUGAUACGCAAUUCACUGGCGGUCGUAUGAAUAUCGCCAUAGCGAGGACCAGUAACUACCUCUUCAACGAGAAGAAUCCGCUUGUCUUGCUCUUGUUCCUCGUCCUCUUGACUGGCAGUGCGACUUUUUUUCUCCAAGCCGCCCUUCCACACCUAGAAGCUUCCUUGAUCCUACCGAUACCUAUCGUCCUACUGGCGCCGUAUGCGUUUACCUAUCUCUGCGUCACUAGCAAAGCCGACUACAUCACCCCCACCAAUCAUGCAUCCGCCAUGCGGCAAUACCCUUACGACCACAUCCUCUUCCGCCCCGACAACGUCUGCCGAACCUGCAACUUUACAAAACCUGCAAGAAGCAAACAUUGCUCACUCUGCGGCGUAUGCGUAGCGCGAUGCGAUCACCACUGCGCCUGGAUCAACAACUGCGUGGGAAGACACAAUUACCGCUACUUCCUCCUCUUGCUUUUCAGUAUUGGGAUCGUGGAACUCUACGGCGCAUAUCUGUGCUGGCAUAUCUUGGCUCCACAUCUUCAUCUUGGUAACUCGUCAUACGGCUGGUUCGAGAAGAAAUUCUGGGCAGAGUUGGGCAAUGCGUUCGUGUUUGCCAUGAGCAUUGGAGGCAUUAGUGUUGCUGGCGUCGGACUUCUGGCCAUCACCACAAUGCCGCUACCUUUUGCACUUUUCGCAUAUCAUCUCUACCUCGUCUGGGCGGGUAUGACGACGAAUGAGAGUGCCAAGUGGGCGGACUGGCGCGACGACAUGACAGAUGGCGUGGCCUGGAUAGGAAAGCGAAGCGUCGUCGACGCCUACAACAAAGAGAGAAAAGCGCGACAUCUCAGGAAUCGCAAUAGAAUGAGCGGGCUCCCUGCAGAGGAAGCAGAUCCUGGGGAUGGAGAGGAAGACUUCGUGCCGUGGCCAAAAGCUGCCGAUCAAGUCUUGGUUAGCACGACAGAUGGAAAAGCUCCUACCGGCCAAGAGCAACUUUGGGAAAAGUGCACGAGUUUGGAUCAGGUGGAGAACAUCUAUGAUCUAGGCUUUUUGCAGAAUUUCCUUGCUGUUCUGCAGGGUCGAUAGCACUGUUGUAUUCUCACCUUUAUUCACAAGGUUACAAGCUUCGCCACUUCAACAUAGCAAUUCGCCGUAGCUGAGGCAGUACAGAACGCUGUUGCGAGGAAUUGUAGUAUCUGCUGAAGCAAUGUUGUUUGUGAAUUGUCAUUGGCGCUAAAUUUUAUUUCAUGUCUAGCAGAAACCCAGUGUUGAAGAUCUGACAGAUACAGGUGUCGUCCAAAUCUCCAGAUAUCGAGCGCGUUGUUCUGUCUUGUCAUAACAUCGAUUGCUUGUUGUUGAAGUACUAGGACAAGAAUCACGAAUCAGUUGUUCCAAGGUCGCGGAGACGGCCCAUUGUUCUAGUAUGAUACUCAGAUUAUCACCAAAAAAAUCAUCGAGCAAACGUCACCAUAACUCAAGUAUUAGAUUGGGCAGAUCCACAC